CUUGUGGCAUGUACUACUGGCAUCACUUUGCGUGAAUCGGCAUGGCUAUCAGUCUCGGCCGCAAGAGGGCAGCGCAGCCAUCUCAACGGGCGGCGAAAAAGCGCAAACUGGGCAAGGAUGCAGAUUUAGGAAAGAAAGUAUCCUCUAAAGUAAAAAGCAAGGGGAAAGAGAGGGCUGCAGACCGAGAAACAAUACCUAUUCCUGCGAACGAAGAUGAUGUGGAGUUAUCUGAAGACGAUCUCGACAUGCUGGAAGAAUAUGGCAGUGCUGUAGCAUUUCUGAGUACGUUGGACGAGAAAGGAAUUGCAAGGAGCAAGAAGGAGACUGAACGACUACACAACAUGCAUAAGCCCAUACGUGGCCCCGUCGAGGAUGAUUUACCAUCUGUGGACUCUCACGACGAGGAUGAGGACUCGUGGAGUUCAGGGAUUAGUGAAGACGAGGAUGUUGGAUUGUCGGGUUCAGAGGACGAAGGCGACGAGCCUUCAUCGAGUUCAAGCCCUCGGCGCAGACAGAAGCAGAAGCAGAAGACCGAUUCGGACGAGGAGAUGUCAUAUGAGAUGCUUCCACGGAAACGCAGGUCAUCGUGGGAGCCAGAAUCCGAUAAAUUGGAAGGGAUCGAGCGUCUUCCUAUCAAGCUUGCGGAUGGACGGAUACAAAAGAGUACUAGCAGAGUACUUCUCACGAAGGGCGAGGAGAGUGCAGAAAGUGAUGAGGAAGAUGCGACUGGUGGAGUCUUCAAGAUUGAGCAGACCUAUAAAGUGGAGGAUGUUUCAACUGGUGCUCGGUUUGGACGACCAGCCGUUGUGGACGUCAUUGGGAACAAAUCUCGCAAAGCUCGUAUACAAGGGGCAAAGGAGCAGAUUGCCGGCAUAUGCCAGGAUAUCAUUUCGGAUCCUGAGAACAGCCUAGGCCUUCUCAGACGGCUGCACACUUUCUCUCUUCCAGAGAUAUCGACAUCCACUCACCCUGAACCCGUUCCCAACGACGCCGUGAUUCGCAAGUUGACAAUUCUUUCUCAACUGGCGGUGUUCAAAGAUAUCAUACCUGGCUACCGUAUCCGUGCUCUCACCGACAAGGAGAAAGCGGAGAAGGUGAGCCAGAUUGUGCAACGUACGCGGGACUGGGAACAAGGGCUUGUCAGUGUGUAUCAAGCAUACCUCCGCAUAUUAGAAGGGGAGCUCAAAGCGAAGAGUGAACUUGCCGAGACCGCCCUGCAUUCCAUGUGCUCGCUGCUAGCAGAAGUGAUGCACUUCAACUUCCGAGUCAAUCUCAUGACCUGUGUCGUCGCAUAUCUGAGUCGCAAGUCAUGGAAUCAGUCUUCUGAUCUAUGUCUGAACACUAUCAUCAAAGUGUUCCGCGCUGACAGCACCGGCGAAGCAUCACUGGAGGUUGUACGCCUGCUCAAUCGUAUGGUCAAGGAGCGCAGGUUCAACGUCCACCCAGAAGUGUUGUCUUCUUUGCUUCACCUUCGUCUGAAAACGGAACUUGGCGUCCGUUCAUCGGAGUCGAAGGCUGACAAGGAGCAGCAAGGGAGGAUACAAGGGAAGAGAAAGGGAAAGGGCAAAAAGGUCGAACAGCCACAUCUUAGUCAGAAGAUGAAGAAGGCCUUGAAAGAAAGGAAGGAGAUCCAGAAGGAGAUGCGAGAGGCUGAAGCCGAGGUUGACAAGGAGGAGCGUGCGGCGACUCAAACGGAAACCUUAAAACUGCUCUUCGUUCUCUACUUCCGCAUUCUCAAAAACCCGGAUCCUACUCCUCUCCUACCGGCUGCCCUCGAAGGCAUUUCCAAAUACUCCCACUUGGUGAACAUCGAUUUUUUCAAGGACCUGAUGCAGGUUCUGAAAAAUAUCAUGGCACGCGAACCGGUGGAGGGAAGCGAGCAUGGGCGCUCGGAUCAAUUGAUCGAUAUGAGUACGGCACAGCAUCAACUGCUGUGCAUUGUCACCGCCUUUGAGCUUCUAUCCGGCCAAGGCGAAGCUCUCGACAUCGAUCUUACCGACGUCAUCAACCGCCUUUACGCCAUCCUCCCGUCGCUAAGCCUUGUGCCUGACAUCGAAACCAUACCCACGGCUGCCUUCAAGUCUGAGAUCCGCACAGUUCGGCCGCAGACCGUCGCGGAUAUGCUAUUUCGCGCACUGCAUCUGGUGUUUAUUCCCAGAGCGUCAUCGUCAGCGGCUCCUCCGUGGCGCGCAGCCGCUUUUUCCAAGCGUCUCUUGACAGCAGCACUGCAGUGGCCACCGGCAACGGCUUGUCGAGCGCUGGACUUUGUGGGUACCCUUGUUGAGCGAGAUCCGAAGCUCGAGGCUCUGCUGUCAACCGAGGAUCGCAGCGGCAACGGUGUAUACCGGCCAGACUUGGAUGACCCACAAUUGAGCAAUCCGUUCGGCACAACGUUUUGGGAGCUGUAUCUUCUGGAGCACAAGCAUUGGGAUGCACGCGUUCGCGAUCACGCACGGAAGGUCCUACACAUCACAUCUGCGUAG